CAGUGACAACUCUGGUUGUCACGAAUAUUGCAUAAAGUUCCACAACUUCGAUAGAAUUUCCAAUUGAAACCAUUUUGGAUUCAUAAUAAGUCAAUCUGGUUGAUUUAUUAGAAUGCUAACUAAGUCCGUGCUAAUUGCCGCUUUGGGUAAGCGCGCAUCGAAUUUGCUGAUGCAACGCACGUUCACCAAUACGCAAUCCUUGAAGCAAUCUAUUAAACAUCAUCAGCCAAAUGAUUUGGAGAAACGUUUCUUGGUGUGGAAUGGCAAAUACAAAUCGGUAGCUGAUGUGCCAGCCUUUGUAGGCCAGGAGGAAAUGGAGCGCUGCCGCAACAAAAUGCGUAUUAGGUUGGCAAAUAUUAUGAUUGGCUUGACCGUAAUCGGCUGUGGCAUUAUGAUCUACAGUGGAAAGCAAGCAGCUAAGCGUGGCGAAUCCGUGACAAAGCAGAAUCUGGAAUGGCACAAGCAAUUUAACGAAACAGCCGCCGGCGCAACUGAAGCAAAAUAAUCAUCAUAAAAAAUACCAAAUGCCUCAAAAGUAGUUCAUGUAAUUAAUGUAAAUGUAAACCUUAACCAUUUGGUAUUUUUAAAACUUUUUAAAAAAUGCUCAGUACCAUGUGGGGCAGGAGCCUAAUAAUUUAAUUGAAACAGUGAUAUUUUUUAAACUCAUGAAAAUAGUUUUUAUCCACCUAGUUUGAUCAAAAUGCCAACUGUUAAUUGUAGAACACCCUGCACUGAAAUAAAUGUUUAGUUAAAUUUUAUUUGCAUGAAUAAGAUGCUUUUGUUGUUCAGCUUAGAGAAAUAUAUACCA